AUGCAAAACCAUCUCGACGAGAUCGACCCUAAACACGGCGUAAGCUGGACCACUAUCAGAUAUAUGCUCGGCGAGAUUCAAUAUGGAGGACGUGUAACAGACGAUUACGACAAACGCCUGCUGAACACAUUCUGUAAAGUAUGGUUCUGCGAGGACUUGUUCUCUGAGACAUUUCAGUUUUACAAAGGUUAUAAAAUGUUAAUUUUCAAGAGCUUGCAAAGUUACAUGGCAGCCAUUGCCAGCAUGUCUGUUGUGGAUCCACCACAGGUGUAUGGUCUCCAUUCAAAUGCUGAUAUU